GACUCAUGAGGGCAUUUUGAUUCUCUUCACCGUGGGAUCAGCCGUCGUGGUCCUUCCCCACCAAACCAACCAGCCAACCGAAAACGGGCCCCACGACUUCCUCCAUCCGACGGCGACCGUUCACCCCCGGCCAAACCAUCGGCCGUCGGAUCAUAUAUCCCUUCCCACCAAGGCACCAUGGAAUCGCAACUGUUCGUCCCGGUAACCGGUUUUCUGGACCACCCGUCUAUAAAUACGGGUCCGAAGGAUAUGAAGACUCACCGAGUUAAGAGGGAAAUCCAAAGGCUGUUUUCUCUCCCCUGUUAUAGCUUGAGAGUAUGGAGACUUUCCUGUUCACCUCUGAGUCUGUGAAUGAGGGCCACCCCGACAAGCUCUGCGAUCAGAUCUCCGAUGCAGUGCUUGAUGCCUGCCUUGCCCAGGACGCGGAAAGUAAAGUUGCCUGCGAGACAUGCACAAAGACCAACAUGGUCAUGGUCUUUGGAGAGAUCACCACCAAAGCAAACGUAGAUUAUGAGAAGAUUGUCCGUGACACAUGCCGUUCCAUUGGAUUUGUUUCUGAUGAUGUAGGUCUUGAUGCUGAUAACUGUAAGGUCCUGGUCAACAUUGAACAGCAGAGUCCUGAUAUUGCCCAGGGUGUCCAUGGCCACCUCACAAAACGCCCGGAAGAGAUCGGUGCUGGUGACCAAGGCCACAUGUUUGGCUAUGCUACUGAUGAGACCCCUGAACUUAUGCCUCUAAGCCAUGUCCUUGCAACCAAGCUUGGGGCUCGCCUCACCGAAGUUAGAAAGAAUGGCACUUGCCCCUGGCUAAGACCAGACGGGAAGACCCAAGUCACAGUCGAGUACCAAAAUGAAAAUGGUGCUAUGGUUCCCAUCCGUGUCCAUACUGUCCUCAUCUCCACCCAGCAUGAUGAGACUGUCACAAAUGAUGAGAUCGCUGCUGACCUCAAGGAGCAUGUUAUCAAGCCUGUGAUCCCUGAGAAGUACCUUGAUGAGAAGACCAUCUUCCACCUCAACCCCUCUGGCCGUUUUGUCAUUGGGGGUCCUCAUGGUGAUGCAGGUCUCACUGGACGUAAAAUCAUCAUUGACACAUAUGGUGGUUGGGGCGCCCAUGGUGGCGGUGCUUUCUCUGGGAAGGACCCUACGAAGGUGGACAGAAGUGGUGCCUAUAUUGUGAGGCAGGCUGCAAAGAGCAUUGUAGCGAACGGGCUUGCUCGUAGGUGUAUUGUGCAGGUGUCUUAUGCAAUUGGGGUACCUGACCCCUUGUCUGUCUUUGUUGACACAUAUGGAACUGGAAAGAUUCCUGACAAGGAGAUCCUAAAGAUAGUGAAGGAGAACUUCGACUUCAGGCCCGGGAUGAUUUCCAUUAACCUGGAUCUCAAGAGGGGUGGAAAUGGCAGGUUCCUGAAGACUGCUGCCUAUGGGCAUUUUGGAAGGGAUGACCCAGACUUUACCUGGGAAGUUGUGAAGCCCCUCAAGUGGGAGAAGGCCUAAUCAAAAUAUUGAUCCCCGCUUGUAUUGGUACCUAAAUUCAACACUGGCUGUAUUGGCAGUGGAUGAAUAAUUUACAUGUUUUCCUUCCUGCUUCACUACAUUUUAAAGAAAACCCUCUUUUAAUCUGAAAAAUCUUUUAUAUUUCUUUCAUUUUUCAAUUUGUUUCCUGUGUUGGUGCUAAUGCAAUUUUGUUCUUAAAUCCAAUACUGGUGAAUUUGUAAGCAGCUCUCUGCCCCUCUUAUUGAUAACAGAAUAUAUCAUCAGGAGAGCAAUGAAAUGCAGUAAUGUGUUAUUUGGCA